UGUCUUCCUUGUUCUUCUUGCACUGUACCUCAACCUCAUUCAUCACCAGGUCACGAGUACUCUGGAUACUAUUAGUCCCCCUAGCUGCGCACCCAUUGAUGCAGCUGAUGUUGAUCGCAUGCAGUUUGCCAUGAACUUAGAAUAUUUGGAAGCCGAGUUCUUUCUGUCCGGCGCUACUGGCCUCGGCCUCGACAGCUACGCUCCGGGUUUUUCCGGAGGUGGUCCGCCUCCCAUCGGUGCUCAGAAGGCGAAUCUCGACCCUCUUGUUCGUCGCAUCAUUGAGGAGAUGGGUUAUCAACAAAUGGGUAACAUCAGGACUAUGGUUGAGACUGUGGGAGGAAUUAGAAGGCCUCUAAUUGAUUUAACACGCGUAAAUUGGGGAAUAAUCUUUAACCGAGCAUUGAAGACAACCCUAAUCCCUCCAUUCAAUCCAUACGAAAACUCACUCAAUUUUCUGUUAGCCGCCUAUACCAUGCCUUAUCUCGCACAAGUCUCCUAUGUCAACUCCAUUCCGAGCCUCACCACAAAUUCUCCUUCAUUAUUUUUGGCUGCAAAGCUUUUGGCGAUCAAGGCUGGACAAAGUGCGGUGCUACGUGCGUUGUUGUAUCCGAAAGCGACUCAACUGGUGCCUCCAUAUAAUUUCACGGUGCGUGAGUUCACCAAGGCCAUUUCCCAGCUCACUAACGACCUUGGCAAGUGCGGCAUCAAAAGCGAAGGCAUCUUGCUAGCUAACACAACCCUCGGGGCGGAGAACCGGACGACCAGUAACGUUCUGUCCGCCGAUGCCAAUUCGUUGUCCUACGCAAGAACAGAGCCUGAGAUGUUGAGGAUUGUGUACGGAACCGGCAAUGAGCACCUUUCCGGAGGAUUUUUCCCCUUGGGUGCAAACGGCAAAAUUGCAAGGAGCCACCUCCUUAUAUAAUACUCUUUGAUGGGAUCUUUCCUAGCAUCUAUGCUACCUAGCUAAUAACAAUAAUAUAAAUAAGGGUGAUAUAUAUGAUACAUACUACACGAGAAUAAUUAGCAUUCAUAUAUGCAUUUGAUUAUGUAUCGAUCAUAAACGUACAAAAUGAUUAAUCGAAGUGUUCUCAUUUACAUU